UUGAAGCUGCCUCAUUAGCUUUGAACAUCAACUCUCACUCAAAUUCUCCAGCCUAUAGAGCAGUCUAUUUUAAGAAGCACACUCGUGUUAGAUCAUUAAGUCAAAUUUAUUUCUUAUGGUGGCGCUGGGGUCUUUCCCUCAAUCUCCUGAGAGACUCCUGAACACAGAGGUUGAGUGCUGAAUGAACUCUUCUUUUCCUGGACUGAAAUGAUCACCUUUUAAAGAAAAAAAUCCUCUGUCCACUCUUCACAUCGUGGCUAAGAACUAAGAAAACUGUUCCCUGUAGGAAAUACAUGCAGACCUAGUUCAGGAUGGCUAUCAACAUCCCGGGUCUUGUGGUCAUGGCAGUGUUCUACAUCGUGAUUUUGGGAACAGGCAUUUGGGCGUCCAUGCGCUCCAAGCGGGUGGAGAAAAAAUGCACAGGAGACGGCAUGGAGAUAACACUUCUAGCUGGACGCAACAUUAACUUGCUUGUUGGAAUUUUUACCCUUACUGCUACAUGGGUGGGGGGUGGCUUUAUUCUGGGUAUCGCUGAGGCAACAUACAAUCCAACACUCGGUGCAGUUUGGGCACUCAUGCCUGUGCCUUAUGUCUUGACCUUCUUCUUAGGGGCCUUCUUCUUUGCCAAGCCUAUGAGAGAGAAUAAGUACAUGACAAUGAUGGAUCCUUUCCAAAAGAAAUAUGGGAACGUCCUGAGCACUGCACUGAUCUUUCCGGCGCUGGUGGCCGAUGUGCUGUGGGUGGCACGCACGCUUGUCAGCCUGGGUGGAACCAUGAGGGUGAUCCUCGACCUGCCUUACGUCUACUCCAUCAUCAUCUCCUCAGUGGUGGCCAUCGUUUACACCCUGCUGGGGGGGCUGUACUCUGUGGCCUACACAGAUGUCAUCCAGCUAGUCCUCAUCUUUGUCAGCCUGUAUGUGUGCGUUCCUUUCCUGUUGACCAACCCUCACUCCAUGGACAUUUCGCUCACGGCGUACAACCAGACUUUCCAGGCUUCCUGGGUGGGCACAGUAGAGCUCAAUGAGGCUGGCAAGUGGUUUGACGAUUUCAUGCUUCUGGCUCUGGGCGGCUUGGCCUACCAGGCGUUCUACCAGAGAAUCCUGUCCUCCUCAUCUUACACCCAGGCUCAAGUGACCUGCUUUGCUUCAGCAGCCUUCUGUCUGGUGUUGGGUAUCCCUUCUAUCCUGGUUGGGGCUGUGGCUGCGUCUACAGACUGGAACUCAACUGCAUACGGAUUACCCACCCCAUAUGAGCAGGACGAAGCAGGAUCCAUUCUCCCUAUUGCAUUGCUGUUCCUCACACCCACCUAUGUUUCAGUCAUUGGUAUUGGAGCUGUUGCUGCUGCUGUCAUGUCCUCCAUGGACUCAGCCCUGUUGUCCUCAGCCUCGUUGUUUUCUUCAAACAUCUACAAGAACAUCAUCAGGAAGCAGGCCUCAGACUAUGAGAUGCAGUGGGUGAUCCGGAUCUCGGUGGUAGUGGUGGGUCUAGCUGGCACUGGCCUCACCUUCCUGGACAGCAGCGUCCUGGUCUUCUGGCUCGUGGGCGUGGACAUGUCCUACACCAUAAUGUUUCCUCAGCUGGUCUGCGUGCUCUUUUUGAAGAUGUCUAAUGGUUAUGGUGUCUGUGUGGGCUACAUCCUGGGCUUUGUUUUGAGGGUGCUGAGCGGCGAGCCACUUUUAGGCCUCCCGCCUGCUAUCAGGUUUCCCGGCUGCCGGUUGGACAAGGAAGGGAAGUUAACCCAGUUCUUCCCCUUCCGCACAACUAUCAUGCUCAUGUCAUUGGUGUCUAUUGUGCUCUUUUCAUGGUUGGCUUCCAUAAUUUUCAGCAAAGGCCUGCUGUCUGACAAGUGGGAUUUAUUCGACAUCAAACGCAAGGAAGCGCACACAGCUCUCCCUUCAGAUGUUAAACUUUCCGACAGCAGAGAGGAAGGCUCUGCAGCCAUUCAACUGCUGAACACCACCAGCUGCUAAAGAAGCUGAAGUCUGGUCGUUUUGACUGGGAGAUAGGAGGACAAAGAAUGGGAACAAUAAAAACAGAUUCCACUAUAAGCAUAAUUUCUGUAAGUUGAAAUUUUAGCAUAGAUUUAUGAACGUUUAUGGUCAUACAUCACUGAAAUGGAAGCAAAACACCAGUUUUAACCUGAAAAACAUUUGUAACAUGUAUUUUGUAAAAAGUAAAAAAUCUGGUCUUGGUUAAUGAUAAUAAAGAAAAAACUCAUAGCAAUAAAAUACACUUCUUGUAGCCUUUUUCCACUGAGCUGCAGUAUAUAUAUAUUUACACAUGUUUUCGAUAUUGUAUUAAAGAUCCAUCUUUAAUAAAUAAUUAAAUUAAUUGAAAUUGAAUUUGUCAAUGAAAUUUUAAUCUAUUCGGUCAUUCAGAUUAAAAAGUAAAACAAAUUUCUCAGAAAAAAUUCAAAAUUUGAUCAAACCAACAAAAACAAAAUUUAAUCUAGAAGUUUUGGCCUAUUGACAAGUAUUUCUGUGUAAUUUACAGCAAUGGUUUGCAAAUCGACAGGUGUAGGGUCUUGAGAUCCUCUACAGAAAUCAAACUUAGCUGCAGUAGGUAACUUUUGUAAAAAGUAAUUUUUUACAUAUUUGUUUAAACUAUGUCCUGACAUUAGAGUGUGGGACAGAUGAUCUGUGGAAAAAUCAAGCUCCUCUGGCUCUUCCCAGUGGUCCUACUGCCAUUUGCAGAAAUACACAACUCCUAGUCAGAAACAACCAAUCAGAGCCAGGAGGAAUGCCUUAGGAGCGUCACGCUUGUGUACGCACUGUUCACACCCCUCCCUUGCAUGUUCACGGCAGGCUAGUAGGCUGUUGGUGCAGUGUUUCCAUCAUGCACCUGUUCAACUGACUUAACAGUAUAUUCAAUUAUUGGCUAGGGUCACAAGUCUUUUCAACUUUUAUCUUGGGGGGGUUAAAACCUGAAAUGUUUGGGAACCCCUGCUGAACAUAUUUUGUUUCAUUAACCUGCUAUGCAUGUUGCCAAUAACUGCAUCUCUCUGUACUGUAAACCUGCAAAGGCUCGGCAAGGUCCUGCUGUGUAAUCCAAUGUAAACAAAAAUGGGGUAAUGUUCUGUCAAAAUAAAGGCUGAAAUCAAA